GGGACUUCAGUAUCCUCAGUAACGCGCCCCACUCUGAAGCCCCAGUAUCCCUGGGACAGGACCCCUGUGCCUUCUCAGUGCCUUCCCUAAAUGGGAUCGCAGUGCCCUCAUGUCUCCCCCAUCCCCCACUGCUGGGACCCCACUGCUUCCCAGGCAUCUCCCAGGACUAGUCUCCAGCACCGCAGUUCCCUCACAGUUCCCACAUGGUGUCCCCAGCGCGGGACCCCGUGUUCCCCGUCAGGCACCCAACUGCACCCCUCUUGCUAUUCAGAGGGCACAGAUUUGAUCCCAAUCUGCUCCCCAUUUGGGUUAUGAGUCUGUUUCUGGACAAUCUGGGAGAACUAGAGGGGCAGGCUGAUCACGAAUCGGGCGGGGUGUUGGGCCUUUGGGGGGCCCUGGGAGGGGGAGAUGCCCUGUCCCGUCCUGGACCAGGCAGCGGCCCAGGGCAGGCAGCAUCCGCCUGGGUCCGGGAACAGGGAAGGAUUUUCUUCUUUCACUUUCCGCCCACGGAAAGCACAGGGCGGGAGUUGGCUGUGUGCCCGGGGGGCCGGGAGGCUCCGGUGGAGGCCAUGAGCUCCUUCCCCCAGCCAAGAGACCCCUCGACCUGUGGGCUGGGGGCACAGCUCUGGCCUGACAUCACUCACCUGCUUCCCACCCUCCUGCUUGGGGUCCUCUCACAGGCUCUGCACCCCCAAACACCAGCCCUAUCCCCCAGCAGGUACCAGGGUUACCCCAAGGGGCCACGGGGCUGGAAGGGAAGUGUGGGGCAGAGGGGGAGGGGAACUGCUGGGAAGAGGAACCAUCCCACUGUGGCGGGGGGCCGUGGCUUCCCCCAUCAGCCCCCUGCGUCCCCCACACCUAAAACACCCCCCAGAUCUCCAGAAUGAGCAGCUCUCCUGCUUACCCUCACACUACUUUUGGGACAACCCUUCAUUUCCUCCCCCCUUGCCCUUCCCAGCUUUUGGCACUCAGGCACCCUCCAGCCCUCCACAGAUCACAGGGGGUGCCCCCAAACCCAGCGGGUCUCCCCAAAGCCUCCUUGCCAUGCCCGUGCCCCAGUGGUGCCCUGGCACCUCCCUCGCUGCCCCCGGGCAUGGCUGCGGCCUGGCUUGUGGCUGAGAUCGGGUAUCUCCCCGCAGCCGCAGGCGGCCCCUUCCUGCCCGUGGUGCUGCUGGCUGGGCACGCUGCCCGUCACCCUGGGCAGGGCUGUGGGAGGCUCUGGGUGCCCUGUGCCUGCCUGGGGGGCGCUGGGUGCCCUGUCCUGGGGGGAACAGGGAGCGGUGCCCCGGCUGGUGCGGAUGCCCCAGCACUGCUUUUGCUUCCUGCUUUGCAGUGGGUGAGCAGGGCUGCAAUGCAAACCCCACGGGGAGCCCGUCAGCUCCUGGUGCCUCAAGUGGGGUACACGAGACCCCCUGACGACUGAGGGUGCCAGCAGGGCAUGGAGUCCCAGCACCACCCCCCAGCAGUGCCCCAGGGCUUGGUGGGCAGCAGGGCCCCUGCCCUGUUUGUUUGCUUUUUGGGUGUGCGCCUCUGAGCUGCCUGUGCCCAGGGUGUGCCUGGGCCUGAUGCCGGCACGGCAGGAGGAUGGAGAUACCUUGAGGUGGGAGGCACCAGCUGGGCUGGCCCUGGGUGCUGCUGCAGGGUUUGUGGUGGGCCAUGCCGGGUUGUACCAAGCCCUGGCCAUGUUUGCGGUGGCGUACUUCAUCAUCGGCAUGACGGUGCUGUCUGUGUGUGCCAUUGCCACCAACGGGGCCCUGGAUGCUGGAGGAGCCUACUACAUGAUCAGCCGUGCCCUGGGCCCAGAGUUUGGGGGCAGCAUCGGGAUCAUGUUUUUCCUGGCCAAUGUGUGUGGCAGUGCCCUCUACGUGCUGGGGCUGGUGGAGGCAGUGGUGGACAGCUUUGGGAUCCCGCCUGGGCAAAAAGUGGGCACAGGUGUCCACGUCCUGCCCCAGAGCUACUGGUACGAGCUGCUCUACGGCACCGUGCUGCUGGCUCUCUGCCUCCUUGUGUGCCUGGUGGGUGCCUCCAUCUACGCCAAGGCCACCUUCCUCAUCUUCCUCAUCGUCGUGGGUGUGCUGGGCACCAUCCUCGUCAGCUUCUUCGCCACACGGCCCCUCGGGGUGCCCAUCCAUCUGCCGUACAUCAACGGCUCCGAGACUGAUAAUGGCUCCUUUACUGGCUUCUCGCUCACCACCCUGCGAAACAACCUGGGCGGUGGGUACGGGGUGGACUACACCACCGGGCAGAUGAUGAGUUUCAGCUCUGUCUUCGCGGUGAUGUUCAAUGGCUGCACUGGCAUCAUGGCAGGCUCCAACAUGUCAGGCGACCUGAAGCGCCCAAGCUACUCCAUCCCACGAGGCACUAUCUCCGCCGUGCUCUUCACCUACCUCGUCUACAACCUGCUGGCUUUCCUCAUGUGUGCCACCUGUGACAGGACCCUCCUACAGAAAGACUAUGGCUUCCUGCGUGACAUCAGUAUCUUCCCGCCCCUGGUCACAGUGGGCAUCUACGCUGCCACCCUGUCUGCAGCCAUGAGCAACCUCAUCGGGGCGUCCCGCAUCCUCUACGCCUUGGCCCGGGAUGAUCUCUUUGGCCGGGCGCUGGCGCUGGCCAAGAAGACGUCUGCUAGCGGGAACCCGGUGAUGGCGGUGAUUCUCUCCUGGCUGGUGGUGCAGCUGGUGCUCUUCUCCGGAAAGCUCAACACCAUUGCAGGGGUCGUGACCACCUUCUUCCUUCUGGUUUACGCCACCGUCAACCUGGCCUGCCUGGCACUGGAGUGGGCAUCGGCCCCCAACUUCAGGCCCACCUUCCGAUACUUCACCUGGCACACGUGCCUGCUGGGCAUCGCGGGCUGCUGCGUCAUGAUGUUCCUCAUCAGCCCCGUAUCAGCCUCAGCAAGCCUGGGCUUCCUCCUCAUCCUUCUCCUUGCCCUCCACUACCUCUCGCCCAGCAGCACCUGGGGCUACAUCAGCCAGGCCCUCAUCUUCCACCAGGUGAGGAAGUACCUGCUGAUGCUGGAUGUGCGGAAGGACCACGUCAAGUUCUGGCGCCCGCAGAUGCUGCUGAUGGUCCAGAACCCACGGGGCAGCUCCCGCCUCAUUGACUUUGUCAAUGACCUCAAGAAGAGUGGCCUCUAUGUCCUGGGCCACGUUGAGCUGCAGGACUUGGACACGCUGCCCUCGGACCCGCUGCAGCCCCAGCAGGAUUCAUGGCUGAGCUUGGUGGACAAGCUGAAUGUCAAGGCCUUCGUCAGCCUCACCCUGGCGCCCUCAGUGCGGCACGGAGUCCGGCAGCUGCUCUUCACCUCUGGCCUUGGCGGGAUGCGCCCCAACACCCUGGUGCUGGGCUUCUACGACAAUGCAGCACCGCAGGACGGUCUGGCCCGGCACCCUGCCUUCACCAGUGCCCACGAGGACGUCCCCCUGGGCUUCCCCCCGCUGCGGGCGCCUGCUGCCCCCAAGCUGCUGUCGGCCCGUGAGUACGUGGGCAUCGUGGCUGAUGCCCUGAAGAUGCUUCGCAACGUCCUGCUGGCCCGGGACCUGGAGAGCCUGGACAAGGCCUGGGAGCUGCGGCGAGCUGCCAGUCCCCCGCCCACCAUACACGUCUGGCCGGUCAACCUGCUGCGGCCCGACAGCGCCCGCUACGCCGACACCUGCAGCCUGUUCCUGCUGCAGAUGGCCUGUGUCCUCAACAUGGCGCGGGCCUGGCGCCGGGCCCGCCUGCGCCUCUUCCUCUGCGUGGAGGCGGGCGCCAUGCCCCACGCCCAGGAGGAGAAGCUACGCCAGCUCCUCAAGGACUUACGCAUCCAGGCCCAGAUCCAGCUGGUGCCCUGGGAUGCUGUCACCCGCCUGCACUGGCAAACUCGACAGGGACCCCCGGGGGGGCCGCUGGAGGAAGAGGAGGAGGAGGAGGAGGAAGGAGUUGUGAACUUCCCAGCCAACACCACCCAAGUGUCGGAUGAGUACGUCUGCGCCGCCAACAAACUGGUCCUGGAGCAGAGCCCCGCGCCGGCCGUGCGCUUCCUCUACCUGCCGCGGCCGCCGGCUGAUACCGGCCUGUACCCGCUGUACCUGCACCAGCUGGAGCUGCUCACCCGCGGGCUGGGCCCCACCGUGCUGGUGCACGGGGUGAGCGCCGUCACCAGCACCCAGCUCUAGGUCAUCUUACGGGUUCCCCCUGGCUCCCUGCACCCUCCUUUGCCCAGUGCCUUUAGCAGCCUGAGCCCGGGGAUGUCCCCAGUGCUGGUGUCCCCACCCCAGCGGGCAGGAAGGGGUUGGGGGCUGUGUGCAGGGGGGUAGAGUGUUUUUUGGGUGGUGAUUAAAGCUGCCCUGGCAGGAUCCAGGCACAGCCCUGGUGCUGGCCGAGCAGUGCGGUGCAUUCACGGUGCCUUUUUUUUUGGGGAUGGCGGUGGGGAAUAGCAGGGUCCCAUGAGGGGGCCGAGCACCUGGUGCCCCUGUUGACUGCUGGGAGCCCUUUGGUUGCACCCUACACCCCUGUUUUCCGUGCUUCCCCCCUCCCGCAGCCCCCAGCCUCUCCUCCGCUGGCUCCUCCGGGCACCCAGCCAGCAGCGGGGAUUGAUUAAAGGCAGCCUCGACCUUGGUGCCCCAGC